AUCCUCCUCCAUGGUGGAAAAAUAACUGCGUGACGUGUUCCGCUUCCGCAAUUCACGUUUUUAUCUGCUGGUCGUCAUCCGUCUGUGAUCCAUUUAAGAUGGACCACCGAGGCCGAUCCGGGUAUUCUACUCCAUCAAAUUACUCGCGUAAUGGGAGAGGAAGAGGUCACCAUCAUUAGUCACAGAACAGAGCACCUAAAAAAUUCACCCUCAACACUGACACCAAAUUUCUGGAUAAUGUAGACGUUGCGGGGGUACAUCUUGUGAAUGAUUUUGACCUGGUUCGUGAAAUGCAAGUGCGUUUGGGAAAAUUCGCCAAAGGUCAGACUGAUUUUUUCCCUGUAAUGUGGCCCGUCUCCUUGUCGACGGAGAAUGUCCACUCGCUUGCAUCGGAGCCUUACGUGGUGGCACCCAAACCAUCCGGACCGCGGUUUCUGCUUUACAUUGAUUCUUCCGGGGAUAUUUUCCUGGAGAAUAUGACGCAACACAUCUUUCAUGUCGACGAGGAUCACGCCAUUAAGAUAGAAACGUUUGACGGGCGACCUGUCACUGACACUGUCCUCGAUGGGAUCAUUACAAGCGAAAAAUUCAAUGGUGCUGAUGCCAGUUGCGAGAAAAAUAAGGAAGAAGGAACUAACAGAAAAUUGACGUUUUUAAUUCGUGACGCAAUCAGAUGCAACGGAAAGGAUCUGACUAACUAUAAUAUUCUUAAACGAAUCACUUUUGUCAGGGAGGAGAUCUUGAUACCGAGUUGUGCCGGUGUGAAAAAGAACGAGGCAUUUGAUUUGGAUAUUGUCAAGUAUGAGGAAGCGUAAUCAGACUGAAAAUUAUUGGUCUGAUGAAUGCGCCCAGCGUUUCAAAUAUCAGUUUCGUUCGCUCAUGUUCUGC